CAGUAAGAGGGACAAUUGGGAUAAACAGCUCACAGAUGACAGAGUUGAUGAGUCGGUCAGUUUGGAUGAUGUGGAUAGAAGUCGUAACUAAACUAAAUUGUAUGUGACAGACAUCGGUGUGCUACAGCAGUAGAGACUCAAGGAGCCCAGAAAUAACCAAGUCAGAAAAAGACUCAGAGGGGGGUGUGUGCAUUUCAAGAGGCUUGGGUCGCAGCAGGUGCCUCCUCUGACUCAGACAUACACACGCCGCGCCCGUUCCUUAUACGGACAUAUUCCUAGUCCAGUUCACCUUGCCACACACACACACACACUCUACGGCUGUGCCCUUGCCCAGUACCAUUUCAGAGAACCUGAAACAUGGAAGGCUCCAGAAUCUCUCUCCAUCUUCUCUUCUUCCUUCUGAUUGGACAAGCUUCACACACCAGCAGUACUCAGCCUCAGACCACUGUGGCCAUAGAUCCACCUGACCUAAACUCCACUACCCCAGAGGAAAACGGCACAACCCUCCAUUACCCCUCCCCAGACACCUCCAGCUCCCCCACGGAGGCCACCCCGGGCUGCCUCAUUGAGCGCCAGAUGGGCCUCAUAGUAGUGGCCUGCGCCGGGGUCCUGGUCCUGUGUCUGCUGGUCUCUACUGUGGUCCUGGCCUGCCAGGUGUGCCGUCUUAGGCGCCAGGCCCGUGCCCCUCACCCCGCCCGCAGUAACAUGUACGUGGUGAGUGGCACAGGCUACUGCGACACGGCGCACACCGAGGGGGGUAUAGUGGGGCCCUGCGAUGCCAGCGUCAUGUUGGAGGAGGUGCAGGUGGAUGGAGAGGAGGAUGAAGAGCAGGGGGAAGAAGAGUGGGAUGAAAGGGAGGAGCAGGAAAGAGAAGGGGUAAGGAGCCAAACGGGGGAUUUGGGAACAACUGGAGAAAUGGCCACGCAGAUGCAGUGUUCCAGCUCCAGGGAUUCGUGUCUGGAAGUCCCCCAGGAUCUAGAGAACAUGCCCCUAGUGGUUUGAGGAGAGCAUUGCAUGCACUCCCUCUAGCCUCAGAGAGCCAUGACUGGCUUGGAGCUGAACUUCACUCAGCCACAGAUAUCAACAUGCUAGAUCAGCUCCAGUCUUGUGCCUCAACAAGUCAAGACCAAGAAUAUUUGUUAUUUUUUCUAAGUACUCCAGCUAUAUGUAAUCAAUUUUAGGAGCUUUUACAUAUUUGCUUUGUAAACUGCAUUAAUCUGAUGUCAUUUUGAUUUCUAUGGAGAACUUUUGAAUUGGUGAUAGGCUAUCGGGAAGGGAAAGGGGAAUACCUAGUCAGUUGUACAACUGAAUGCAUUCAAGACAUUAAUUUGAAAUAAUGUGCUACGAACAGCACACUACUGCCAACUGCCCAAGUUAUUUACCCUUACUGCAAAGGUUCAGGAUCUUUGUAUGGGUGGAUCAUUUACAUUUUAGUCAUUUAGCAGACGCUCUUAUCCAGAGCGACUUACAGGAGCAAUUAGGUUAAAGUGCCUU